AUGCGCGAAAUCGUUCAUAUGCAAGCUGGUCAAUGUGGGAACCAGAUUGGUUCUAAAUUUUGGGAAGUGAUUUCGGAUGAACACGGUAUUGAUCCUACGGGUGCGUAUCAUGGUGAUUCGGAUCUUCAACUUGAACGUAUUAAUGUUUACUAUAAUGAAGCAGCUGGUGGAAAAUAUGUACCACGCGCUGUUCUUGUUGAUCUCGAACCGGGUACAAUGGAUUCAGUACGUAGUGGUCCAUUUGGUCAACUCUUUCGUCCGGACAAUUUUGUCUUUGGUAAAUAUACUAAAUAUUUUUUUUACAUUUUUAUAGAAAUAGGGCUUUCAAUCAAAAAAAUGAAUAUUUCUAUUAAUUUCUAUCCUAUGACAUUCAUAACCAGUGAUUAUUCUAUAGGUCUUGAUCGUAAUAACAUAGAUGAUAAUAAUAUUUUUAUCUAGAGCUUCCGGGUUUUUAUAAUUGAGUUGUGCGAAAUGUUUAUUAUUACGAUCAAGACCUAUACAAUCAUCAUUGGUUAUGAACAUCAUUAACAAUAAUUUAAUUCGAUAUAAAUGAAUAGAAAUGUUCAUAUUUAUUUUAAAUUCAAUAAAAGAAGUAUAUCGAAGAAUAUACUAUAUAUUUGUUUUUUUUUUUUUUUUAAUUACGCUGAAUUUUAUUCGUGACAUCCAUACAUUUUUUUGUGAUUUUUGUACAAUUUUUUGGGGCCGCUUACGCACCAAGUCA